AUGGCCCACACACUCCUUGUUGCACCCGCCAGCGUCGCUGCGCACCCCGAACAGUUGGACAAGGUUCUUGAAAACUACAAUCGCAAUGCAACAGAACUUCAGAUGCUUGACCGCAUCGCAGCCGGCCUUGUCAAUCUCCCCGCCGCCACCUACGACGUCAUCCUUGUCCUCACCGACGCCGACGGUACCACACGUGAGGCGCACAAACUUCUGACUAGGGAUGUCAUGAACAGAAUCUUUGGCGCCCUGAAGGUCGGCGGCCUUCUGAAGAGUCAGGCUGGCGCCUUUGAAGGUUCGGAGAGGACCGAGGCCAUUCUCGCCGGCCUCACCGAGACGGCAGACGGCAUGGUGAAGCCAGAGCAAGCAGAGAGCGUGUCCAUACCCCUCAAAUUUGGCAAGAACAAGUCUGCAAAUGGAACCAAUGGAACAAAUCAGACGAAUGGCGUCAACGGCACAGCUAAUGUAGCCGCCUCAGUCCCCCUAAACCUCAAUGGCAAACGCGGCAAUCCCGAGCCUGCUAAGCCCUUGGGCGUCGGCUUCGUCGACUUCAGCGAUGACCUCGACGACCCCAUCAUCACAGGCGAGGACGACGACCUAAUUGACGAAGACGACCUCAUCACAGAAGAAGACAUGGCACGACCAGUCCUCCAACCACCAGAGUGCCGCCCCAAAGCCGGCAAGCGCCGACGCGCCUGCAAAGACUGCACCUGCGGCAUGAAGGAGAGACUCGAGGCCGAAGACGCCGCGAAACGCGCAGAGGCCGACAAGGCGCUCAACAGCCUGAAACUGGACGAAGACGACCUCGCAGAAGUCGACUUUACAGUCCAGGGCAAGGUCGGCAGCUGUGGAAACUGCGCACUUGGUGAUGCUUUUCGCUGUGACGGCUGCCCGUACAUUGGUCUACCGGCUUUUAAACCCGGAGAGGAGGUCAGGUUGCUGAAUAAUGAUAUCCAGUUGUAG